GAUAUAUGCGGUUCUUAUCUCGGUACUAGAUCUAUCUUCUUGGUUUUUAUUUCGAAGCUGUAAAGGGAGUAGUUGCGGGAUAGUUCAUGCGAGUCUGGAUCUUGGGGUUGGAAGGCUGAGUGUGCUGCUGGAACUUCAUUCUAGUGAAACCUCGUUCUGCCAGAACACCAUUCCUUGACUCUCACUACCUCUUCGCAUAAAUCGUUGAGCCUCCGCCACCCCUCUCCACUGUCCAAACAUACAACUACCCAGCUAUCCAGAGGUCUAAACCACUGGUAUUUAAACAAACAACACCCCUUGACCCACCAACUAACUCUCCUCCAACUCACCAACUCACCACUCCCAAACAACCAUGCCCUCCCUCUCCAGCGAAAUCCUUCCCCUCCACCACCCUCCGCCCACACCUCAACCCCUUCAUCUCACCCUUGCCCACACCCUCGCCUCCCCCCUCCUCUUUCUCCUCCACCUGCAAACUUCCAAACCCCUCGUAACCCUCUCCCUCAUCUACGCGCUCUCCAUCUCCGGCCCCUCAAGCCCGCAAUUUGACAUCCUUACUCUACAUCACACAUCUCGCGGGUGUUUUGUCUUAGCAAUAUUGUUCCUCUGGACUCUCUUCUUUUUCCAAUAUUUGCAGGCGAGGCAUUGGAUUUCGCUUAGUUCUGAAAGUAGAAGAUGUAGAGAAUUGCGGGAUGUACAAUUCCUCACCUGCAUCCUCCUCACCAUCCUCCUCGCAUUUCCUCUCCUCCACCUCCUUACCUCCUUCUCCACCGCCGAAAUCGCAGAAAUAACACCAAAAGCCCUAUCCAUGAUCCCCGUCGCGCUAACAUUCCUAAUCGUCAUUUCGGAGAAAAUCAUGAUUUGUAUUGUGAGUGGUGUGAUCUAUGGAGUACCGGUUUUGAGACAAGGAAUGCAGGGAUUAAGAAGGGGUGUGUUGGGGGUGUGGGCGGAGGCUACGAGACGGUUCGGGUAUGUGCCGGGUGAGAGAGGGUAGGGGAACUCGUGGCUCUGAGGAGAUGAGGGGAAAUAAAUCUUGGCAUUGUGUUUGUUGUUCAAUAGGGAGUCAGGAGUCGAGCGAAUUUUUAUUUCAACUUAUGUAUUUGCUAGGCAAGGCGCCUUUAUCUUUAUCUUUCUACUUUUACCUACCUACCUACCUACCUACCUAUAUUUCCAUCACAUUAUUAAAAUACACUACAAUCUCAAGUUCGAAAACUCUACGGCAUUAUUAGCAAAGAAGGACGCGGGGCA